GUUUUUUUUUUUUUUUUGGUCUUUACACUACUUCUUAUUAAAAUGUUGGCCCUUAAACAUACACUUCCUAGGGUUUGUACACAAUUUAGUCGUCCUUGUAUUCAAGGUUUGAAUCAAACACGAUGGAACACCACCAGUACGACUACACCACCAGUGGAAGAAGAAAAGUCUGCCACAGCUCAAUUCGAUGGUAUUUUAAAUGUAUUGGGACUCUCAAAAACAGACAUAGAGAAUGACAGUACAUCAAGUGUACUUAAUGAGUUUGCCAAGAAACAAAAGAAUAAAAAGGGAGAAAAUGGACCAUUGACCUUGGAUAUUAGUUCAUUCACUUCUUCAUUAGCCACUAUGGGACAAGCCCCUCACCAACUUCAUAUCAACGCCAGUCCUAAUAACACAAUCAUCACCUUAACUAGACCCACCGGCGCACCACUUGUUACUACAUCUGGUGGAUCAGCAGGAUUUAAAAAGGCAGCUCGUAGUGGUUAUGAAGCGGCACAUCAAGCUGCUAUUCAACUUUUGGAUAAGAUGAACUCAAAGAAUUUACAAGUACCUAACAUUCAUAUUGUACUUAAAGGAUUUGGUCCUGGUCGUGACGCUGCUUUCAAAGCUUUAGUUGGUGGCGCACAAUGGAAUGUCAAACGUAUCACUGAUGCUACACCUAUACCUUUUGGUGGUUGUAGACCCAAGAAGGCCAGACGUCUUUAAAAAACUUAUAUAUACUUGUAGAUUCUUCUUUAUUAAAAAAAAAUAAAAAAAA